GUCCCCAGCUGUAACACCGCCGUCAUUUGUGAGGAACGCCUGCGAGGACACUUCUUUUAGGACAGUGUGUUAUUGAGUGUGUGUGUGUGUGUUACACUCCAAGCAUCAGGAUGAAGGCUGUGUUUUUGGGAAUCGUGGCGGCGAUCGGAUUCUUCGCUCUCGCGGAGUCUCUGACCUGUAACUCAUGUUCAGUUGGUCUGAUCGGCUUCUGCCUGAACCCCUCAUCUGUUACCUGCAGCACCAACACAUCUUCCUGCACCACAUCAAAAGCCAGUUUCCCCAGCAUCACUGCCUUCAGUGGCUUCAGCUCUCAGGGCUGCUUGGAGUCGUCUCAGUGUAACGGCACCACCUCCGGUACCCUCCUGGGUGCCACAUACACCAUCAGCCGAACCUGCUGUAGCACAGACAAAUGUAACCCCCUCGUGCUGAGUGGCGCCUCCUACGUUCACGUCUCCCUCACUGCAGUCCUGAGUGUCGCCCUGCUGGCCUGUAUCUGGGGCCAGUCCGUCUACUGACCGCUGUAAUCUGACUUGUGUUUCAAUAGAUAUUUUGAGACUUUAAUGUUUGAUACAACUCUACCACUGUGUUAAAAUAAUCAACUUACACUAUGACAGAAUGAUGGGUUUCUAAUCUAUAGGCAAAAAAAAACAAUGGGAGAAAUGUCUGAGAAAUGGAACAAUAGAGUUCCAGUAGAGAGGACGUUGAGUAUACAUUCAUAUUUUUGAAUAAGAGAAAUACUAUGAUGAAGUGAAUAGAUAUGUUUUAAAAUUCCCUUCUGAAGUAUGAAAGCUGUGCUUUAAACAUGAUUGUACUAGUUUCUUUAUAAUGUUAUAAUAAUGUGUACAUUGGGGGGAAUGUUAUAAGCUAUAUUACCUCAUUUCUACCAUUUUUAAUUCACAUUAAAAUGUGGACUGAAAACUAA